AUGGAAAUGUCAUCUGUAGAUUGUGGUAAAAAACAGCAUUAUCUACAAGGCGACAUGUCAGAUUUGUCACGAUAUCUUUAUGGUCAUCUUCCUCCUGACGUUAUGCUGAAAGGACUUUCCAACAAUGGCAUAGGAGGAAAAUUAUGCCAACUUGAAGGUCUGUUUAUCGGUGAUUCUGCUCAAAGUGGACGAGCUGGUCAUAUCGUUUCGAUUGAGACACUUAUUGAUGUUUUGCUUGUGCUAUAUGACGAAUGCUGCAAUUCUUCGUUACGCCGUGAAAAGACUGUUUCCGAUUUUAUUGAGUUUGUGAAACCAAUAACUUCAUGCAUUAAAAACUUGCAAUUGACACGAGAGGACUUUGAAAUCGUCAAAGUAAUUGGCAGAGGUGCUUUUGGGGAAGUAUGCGUUGUAAGAAUGCGCGGCUCGGACAAAGUAUUUGCUAUGAAAAUUUUGAACAAAUGGGAAAUGUUAAAACGUGCUGAAACGGCGUGCUUUAGAGAAGAAAGGGAUGUAUUAGUGUAUGGUGAUCGCAGAUGGAUCACGAAUCUGCAUUAUGCCUUUCAAGAUGACAAUAACUUGUAUCUGGUCAUGGAUUACUACUGCGGUGGAGAUUUAUUAACGUUACUGAGCAAAUUCGAGGAUCGCCUACCCGAGGAUAUGGCUCGAUUUUACAUAGCAGAGAUGGUGCUAGCUAUAGGUUCUAUACAUGACUUACGCUAUGUACAUCGUGACAUAAAACCCGAUAAUGUUUUAUUGGAUGCAAAUGGUCAUAUCAGAUUAGCUGACUUCGGUUCUUGUUUACGACUGUUCGAAGAUGGUACGGUGCAAAGUAACGUCGCUGUUGGUACACCGGAUUACAUUUCACCAGAGAUAUUGAGGGCAAUGGAGGAUGGUCAAGGACAAUAUGGUCCUGAAUGCGAUUGGUGGUCUCUCGGAGUGUGUAUGUAUGAAAUGCUCUAUGGCGAAACACCUUUUUACGCAGAAUCUCUAGUCGAGACUUAUGGAAAAAUUAUGAAUCACAAGAAUUGUUUUGAUUUUCCUAUGGACGCUAUGUAUGAUGUUUCUGAAGAAGCCAAAGACCUGAUGCGGAAAUUGAUUUGCAGCUCUGAAUUUAGACUAGGCCAAAACGGAAUAGAUGACUUCAAGAAACAUCCGUGGUUCGACGGAGUCGAUUGGGAUACGCUGAGAGAUAGUACCGCGCCAUACAUUCCUGAAGUUUCAUCACCUAGUGACACGUCCAACUUUGACGUUGAUGAUACUGAUGUUCGCACUUCCGAUGCUGUUCCACCAGCCGCAAAUUCUGCCUUUUCUGCGCUUCAUUUACCAUUUGUUGGUUUUAGUUUCACGCAAGGAAGUUGCAUAUCGGAUCUGGGUUGUAUUUCUACUCUAUCUCAGACAGACAAACGUAUACAGAUACUCGAAGAAGAAAAUAUACGAUUGGUACAAACUAUUGACGAUAUGAAAAAUCAUUCGAGUAUAAGUCAUUCUUCGCCUGGUAUCUCACCAGAUUCUAAUAAUGCAACCAGAAAACUUCAAGAUGAAAUAAACACGCUCACAAAACGCAAUUGUGAAUUGGAGUCGCAGUUGAAAUCUAUGGAUAUUCCUCGCGAAUUACGAACUUUAGAUAACGGUGACAUGAUGAAAUAUCGAGAACUUGAGAAAUUAGUUCGAUGUUUACGCUUAGAGAAAGAAGAAGCUAUCAAGGAUAAGUUGGACGCGCAGGAGAAAUUAAAACUUCAAGACAAGGAAUUGAAGGAUGCGCUCACGCAACGUAAGCUCGCGAUGACGGAAUAUACGGAAGUAUCAGAUAAAUUAUCCGAACUGCGGCAACAGAAGCAAAAAUUAUCGAGACAAGUUCGUGACAAAGAGGAAGAGUUAGAAGUUGCGAUGCAGAAAGUCGAUACUUUACGCCAUGAUAUUCGGAAAGCUGAGAAACUGCGUAGAGAGUUGGAGAAUAGAAUCGACGAAGCGAUGGCAGAGACGAGCAAAGAAAGGAAAUUAAGAGAACGCAGCGAGGAAUAUUGCAAACAGAUGCAAGAAGAGAUGGAGAAGAUCAGACAACGUUCUCUUGGAAAUGAUGCUAGUGCGAAUCACACUUUGGCCACUCAAGAAAUUAAUAGAUUAAAAGCGGAAGUUGAAAAGCUUGAGGUUCAGUAUAACGAAAACUUGACUCAACAACAAAGUAGAUUUAACCUUGAAAUUCGAAGUUUGCAAGAACAAUUGCACGAAGCGGAAACUAGAAGAGAACUGUUGGAAAGAGAGGUGCAACUCACCAAGGAGAAAUUGGAUGCUGCGAGAUUGGAAAAUAUCACCGAUAGCGAAGAAACUAUAAACGAGUUAAAUAGGCGUCAUGAGAGGGAAAGGAUUAUAUUAGUUGAAGAAAAUAAGAAGCUUGUGUUAGAACUCGGUGCUCUCACUGAUAGCGUUAAUAGAUUACAGAGUGAAAGAAGACAGUUGGAGGACGAAUACGAAGAGUUGAGGAACAAGAAAGAAGCUAUAGCGCAGUGGGAAGCUCAAAUUACCGAAAUUAUUCAGUGGGUAUCAGAUGAAAAAGAUGCUCGUGGAUAUUUGCAGGCUUUGGCUACAAAAAUGACGGAAGAAUUGGAAUUCCUGAAACACUCUGGUGGAAUUGGUGGUGUUGGAAGUGGAACUACAAUGACGGAUAAAAAUUGGCGAAAUCGUCGAUCGCAGAAGCUCGAUAAGAUGGAACUUUUGAAUUUGCAGAGCUCCUUACAAAGUGAAAUACAAGCGAAGCAAGCAAUUUCAGAAGAACUCACCAAAACUCGUUCGGAUUUGAUAGCUGCACAAAAAGAAUUGAGGGAUUUCAAGCAGCGAUUAGAUACCAUGUCGCAUGAAUUAAAGCGAAAAGAUAUGCAAGUAAAAGAGUUGCAAGCGCGUCUCGAUACCGGGGAUGGCUCUGUCUCAUCCAGCGAUACAACAAGCAAACCUCCAAACAUCGUUAGCACCAAACCCCAACGUAUCAUCGUACAUCAACCGUCGUCACCCCUACCAGUAAUGCGUGCCCCCCGCAUCACGACUUGUCGCUUAUUAACUAGAUUCGUUCCAGUCAACACGUUCAUCAGUCAGAAUGCCGUCACCAUAUCGCCGCCUGUUCUAGAACGUCCUACAUCACAGAUGUCAUAUCUCGAGCACUUUCUUAAAGAAACCACAAGUAGUACACGUCAUGGAAGUGUCGACAGUGUGGAAGGUGACAUUGAGGACAAUCGUGCACCUAGUAUUACGAGCAGCAAAAGUAAUCUGUCUGAACUUAGUAUUGAUCCAACUUCGCCAUUAUCCCAUGAACUUCUGAAUAAGUCUUCGUCUACUCAUGGUCAAAUCAAUUUGCAACCAAAGCCUAAAUCACAUCAAUUUCUCGUACGGACGUUUUCAGCACCGACAAAGUGUAAUCAUUGCACGUCUUUAAUGGUUGGUUUAACGAGGCAAGGAGUCGUAUGCGAAGUGUGCGGCUUCGCGUGCCAUAUGCCUUGUUGCGACAAAGUACCUUCAAUGUGCCCUGUACCCCAUGAUCAAACCAAACGACCACUGGGGAUCGAUCCUACACGUGGGAUAGGUACUGCGUAUGAAGGAUACGUCAAAGUGCCAAAAAUGGGUGGUGUCAAAAAGGGUUGGGUGCGUCAAUUCGUCGUAGUUUGUGAUUUCAAAUUAUUUCUUUAUGACAUUUCACCAGAUCGCAAUGCUUUGCCAUCUGUAUACGUUUCGCAAGUUCUGGAUAUGCGAGACGAAGAAUUUAGCGUCAGCUCCGUUCGUGAUUCCGACGUGAUACACGCUACAAAGAAGGACAUUCCGUGUAUAUUUAGGAUAACUACGUCAUUAUUGGAGCCUCCUGGAUUGAGAAAUCAUACGUUAAUGUUGGCAGAUACGGAAAGCGAAAAAACAAAAUGGGUAGUAGCCUUAAGUGAACUUCAUAGAAUUUUAAAGAGAAACAAUCUUCCAAACACAACGAUUUUUAGAGCGAAAGAACUAUUGGACAAUACCUUGGCAUUCAUUAAAAAUGUGAUGUCAGGAGCGGUUAUUGAUCCGGAUCGUCUAGUCAUUGGUACAGAGGAAGGUCUCUUCUGCUUAGAUUUAGAUCGUAAUGAAAUUGCGAGAGUCGGGGAAGGAAAAAAGAUAUAUCUUCUUGAAUAUGUUACGGAGGAGCAAUUAAUAGUGGUAUUGAGUGGAAAACAACGUCAUGUACGGCUGGUUCCAGUACGUGCUUUAGAUGGAGAUGAAGUCGAAUGGAUUAAAGUAGCAGAGACUAAAGGCUGCAUCACAUUAACAACUGGAGUAGUGCGUCGGAAUCCGCUUAAUUAUUGCUUAUGCGUUGCAAUAAAAAAACAAAACGCGUCUCAAAUUAUCAUCUAUGAGAUAACACGUACGAAAACAAGGCAUAAACGCAUUCGUGAAUUAAUGUUACCAUGUCAUGCACAAACCUUACAAAUUCUCUCUGAAGGACGUUUGUGCGUUGGUUAUCCGUCAGGUUUUUCCAUUUACAGCAUUUUAGGAGAUCAUCAUCCUAUUUCCUUGGUCCACGCUGAGAAUACACUCUUGGGUUUUCUCACUUAUAGUGCCGUGGAUGCGUUACGUUGCAUAGAAUUGACACGCGGUGAAUUCUUAUUAGUCUUCCAUACAUUAGCAGUAUAUGUUGAUAAUCAAGGAAGAAAGAGUCGAGAUCGGGAGAUAAUGUAUCCUGCAGUUCCUAUGGCAGUUAGUUAUUGUGAGGGAUAUCUAUUGGUGUAUAGCGAGACUCAUAUUGAUGUGUUUGACUGUACAUCUGGAGACUGGUUACAAACGCUUAAUGUGAAACGAGCCCGACCGUUGAAUAUCUCAGGCUCUCUUACGUCUUGCGUAAUAAAUGAUAUGCCGUAUGUUAUUUAUCUCAGCAAUUUACAUCAGCGAGAAUUAUUAAAUUUAAUGCCAUUGGAUGCGAGCGGUAGACAAAUGACAAGGCCACGACGAAGAUUUUCAUUACGAGAAGGCAAUAGAGCUGUUCGUCCUACAGAUAGACGUUCGAAAAUGAUUUCUGCACCGACAAAUUUUAAUCAUAUUAGUCAUAUGGGUCCAGGAAAUGGAAUUCAGAUACAACGUUUAUUAGAUUUGCCUACGACAUUGGAAACUGCUGAUCAGCAACAUACGAGUCAUCAUGGUAGUUCUCAUCUUCAUAGUAGCCAGCAAAGACUAUAUGAUGCUACGCUUCAAACACCGAACAAACCAGCACCAUUGCCUCCUAGGCAUCCCCCUUCUGACGCACGUCGCUUGAGCUCGCAUAUAUCAAGAAACUCUGGUUAUUCGCCGCAUAACGGUUCGACAACAUCACGAAGAGGUCCUGCGCCACCACGACCAACUGCCACGCCUCCUUCCUUACCGCGCACUCCGGUGGACCAAAUUGAUUCUGAAUCGUUACAUUUGCGUUCACAUACUCCGCUCUCUCUUGGCAGUAUUGCAUCUUUACAUAACAAGGAGCAUCCAUCUGGUGGCAGCCCUAGACAUUCUAUAGCUUCAAAUAAUAGUUCAAAUCCAUCAACACCACCGAGUCCUGCCCAUGAUCAUGGAUCGUCAUCGUAUGAUUCAUAAAUUUAUUUAACUUUUACGAAGAUUUAGAUAAACGGUAUGUAUCUAGUACAUAUUUAAGGAAAACGAUCAAUUUGAUAUAUAUUAUACAUAUGCAUAUGUGUAUCUGUC